AGCAGUAAAACACAAUCUACCCCUCUUGUCCAAAAACACCAAACUCUAUCUUAUUUGUGAGAUUAUUAGUGUUCACUGAUUGACGAUGGAGCGCUCACAAUCUGAUACCUUGCCUCUGGCGAAUUCGGUUCAAAUUCCUCAGCUUGGGUUUGGCGUAUAUUUAUCGCCACCUGAAGUUUGCACCAAGUCAUGCCUUACUGCACUUGAAGCUGGAUAUCGACACAUCGACACGGCGCAGUACUACGCCAAUGAAACAGAGGUUGGCCAAGCAGUUCAAGAGUCGAACGUCGAUCGGAAACACGUUUUCUUGACUACCAAGAUCCUUGAGGCAGCUGGCUCUGUGGACGCAAGCUACGCGAAAUGCAUUGAGAGCAUUGAGAAGCUUGAUCCUGACAGUGGCUAUGUCAACCUUUUCCUCAUUCAUAGCCCCAAUAGCGGUGCUGCAAAGAGAAAGGAGAUGUGGCAGGCCCUGGAGAGGUUGUAUGAGGAGGGAAAGGCAAAGAGUAUUGGCGUGAGCAACUUUGGUAUCAAGCAUAUCGAAGAGCUGAAGCAAUUCGCCAAAGUUUGGCCUCCCCACGUCAAUCAGAUUGAGUUGCAUCCUUGGGCACAGCAGAGAGACGCCGUGGAAUACUGCGAAAAGAACAACAUCGUAGUAGAAGCCUACGCUCCUCUCGUUCGCAACCAAAAAGCCGAUAACAAAACCCUCAAAAGCAUCGCCUCAAAGCACAACGUCACGCCUAACCAAGUUUUAAUCCGAUACUGUCUUCAAAAGAAUUGGGUUCCCCUUCCAAAAAGCGACACACCCGAGCGCAUCCAAGCUAAUGCCGAUGUUUUCGGGUUUGAUCUGGAUGACAGGGAUAUGAAGGCGCUGGAUGAACUGGAUGAGGGCACUGCGGGUGCAAUUGUGCAAGCGGUGGAUAAUUAUUGAUGCGGUGUGAUGUAGCUUUGUGAUAAAGUCGGAUUGCAGUUUCAGGUGCUGGGGUUGCAGUACAAGGAUGGGGAGGUGAGAUGGAUGUCGCACUGAAUCUUAACUUGAGCUUUAGAUCCCGAGAUCUGGCUCAUCUCUUGGAUUGUAGAUCUUAGAUAAACGAGUUCCUAGCCUCCCAAAGAUCAAUGCUUAUACGCGUCAUUGAUUUAGAUUCACUUCAGGUACAAUCUCGAUAAUCACGAUAAUCUCAAUAUCUCAUCUUCGGGACCGACGUCGUGGCGCCUACAAAGCCUCACCGA